AUGAGCCGUUGUGCUCAAUCUUUACAAGAAGCUAGGAACAAGGCCCGCGCCUUGAACAGCAUGCUGCAUAGUUUCCGUAGGGUCAUUUCAACUCCUCGUCUGACGGUCUGCCAGAUGAGACUUUAAUGCCAGUUUGUGAGAAAAGCCCUUUGUCUGUUCAAUCGGUCUGCAGUGUCAUGUGUGAGUGAGAAGCAGACCAGGAUCGAAACCCCAUGCUAGUAAUCCUGCAUUCAUAGGCAGCCCUUCUGGGAAACGCAGUUUACCUGAAGGUCGAACGGAACAGUGUCUCGUAUAGACCCACCCCACAUCAAUUUCAUUGGUUGGUUGAUUGCUUUUGCCCCCCUCCCCCCCAAACUGGUCAGGCGUUAGAUGCGCUGAACCAUCCCCUGGGCCAUUUUGGAUUCCGGCAGUCGGUAUCCGUUAGUGCACCAUAUAUAAUGCACGCAUUUUUGUGUGCAGCAUCAAGCACGCCACCGGCCAUCACCUUGUUGUAGUUGUUGUUGUUGUUGUUGUUGUUGUUGUUGUUGUUGUUGUUGUUGUUGUUGUUGUUGUUGUUGUUGUUGUUGUUGUAGUUAUUGUUGUUGUUGAUCAAAAUCCUUUUGAUUUGCUGUGUGGACCAGGAGUUGUGGAUAGGAGCGCCAAUGUGCCAGCUCGACUGUGCCAUCCACCUGCUCCCUACUACACCUCCUGAUAUCUUGACUCUGUUUUGACAUCGGAUCCAGGAGGGGGAGGAGAAGGAGGAGGAGGAGGAGGAGGAGGAGGAGGAGGAGAGCGCGGUAGGUGCUGGAUGAAGCUUAUGAUUCUGAAGCUGAAUUCGAGCAGGAAUUAGAAACGUCCGGCUAAUAAAGCUCUUCUCCCUGCGAUCGUGUCUUCUUGUUCUUCUUCUUCUUCCUCUUCUUCUUCUUCUUCUUCUUCUUCUUCUUCUUCUUCUUCUUCUUCUUCAAGACUGCUUCCUGCGACUCGUCUCUUCGCUUCUAUUGGCAAUACUACUAUUAUUGCUACCACCAACACCACUACCACUAGUCCUAAUACUACUACUACUACUACUACUACUACUACUACUACUACUACUACUACUACUACUACUACUACUACUACUACUACUACUACUACUACUACUACUACUACUACUACUACUACUACUACUACUACUACUACUACUACCACUCCUACUAAUACUAAUAAUAAUAAUAAUAACACUACUACUACAACUACGACUACUACAGCUACUACUACUACUACUUCUACUACUACUACUACUAAUACUACUACUACUACUACAAUUCUACAAUAUUCAAAUGUGCCUAGGCCGAAGAUGUCCAUGCAUACUUCACGCCAACAUAAACUCCCGUGGUAUAGAGGCAUAUUGGCGGCCGGUUGGACGGCAGCAUCUUCCUAUCCUACUCCUCCUCCUUCUCCUCUUUGUCAUUUCCUUCCUCCUACUUCCUGAUCCUACUCUUCUUAACAUUAUUUAACGCUGACGCAGGCACAACAUGAUCUCACUCCGACUAGGCGCAAUUUGCUGAAGUCUACUCUUAGUCAGACCUUGCUCUGAACUUUGCGUCAUGCCACUGCACUAAUUCAUCCAUAAGUUGGCAACCUUCCGCAAAAUCCGAGGCCGCGACCGUGGUAUGCGACCUUGAACCAACUAACCCCCAAAAUUCCGACUGAUGUCCAAGAGUACGCACACCCACGCUAAUCUGUCUGCGUCUGCAACAGCCGAUCAUCGCAUUAGACCCCCUGCAAUCCCUCCUGCUGCUGCUGUUAGAACUCAGCGCUUCCCCUUCCCCCCUUCUCCCCUCCUCCGCCCUCCAACCCACCCCCCCACCCCCUUCUGUGCCGCUAAUGGAUGCUACUGGCAUGCCGGACAACUCCUGCGUACCUCAGCCCACCUCUUUGUUUGCCCGUAAGAGUACAACACAGCAGUAGCCCUAGCACAGGCAACUGACGGCAACAGAAGAGGAGGUUACCCAUGCAGUAUAGACCGGCUCAGGGGUGGGGUAGCGGGGGUGCGGGUGGGGGAAUGAGGGACCGACCAGGCAGUGCGGACAAGCAUUUGUCAUUCGGUCGCCUAUGCAUUAUCCCAAUCGGUGGUGCAAGACAGAGGUGGCAUUUGGCGGCAGGGGAAUGGCAACGCUAUGAAGCUGCACAUUUAAACCAAUGAUUUAACAAUACACAUGUCCUUCCUCGUGCGCGUCCCAUUCCCUCACUCCGCCCCCCCCCCCCUUUUAAAUUGGCACAGAAACCGAAAUAAUGUGGGGUGCACUGAGGGCGGUCAGGUGUCAGGUCUGCACAUACAAUGUGUGCGUGGAUGAACUGUCGACUGCGGAGGGUCCCGAGCGUAGGCUUCAAUUUGCGACCGACGCGCUUGUUUGUUUGUUUGUUUUUCCUUUCCCGAAUUGGGUCGACGGGGGGAUGAGUGGGAUAGGAGAACUGAUAUGCUAAUUUGUCAUUGGGGUAGGAAAACUGAAAUGAGCCCUAUGGACCGCAUCUGACACAUGUUCAGUGUAUACAUAAACGUACACUUGGUCCUCGAAACCUACGCGAACUCCUCAGGGUGAGAGCAUGAUGAAAAUGCUUCGACCUCCUCGUGUGACAAAAAUGGACCUUCCUCGUCCGGAAUAAUUGCCUCCGGAGUCCAAACUACUUUUAAUGCAUCGGUUUGUUAUACGACUGCCAUCAAAAUUUCUUCGCAGUACUUCGAGAUUACAGUACUUAAUUAGUUUUGCAGAAGUGGUUGGUGCAUAUUUAUUAAAAAGGACAAAUUGACCAAUAGCCGUCUUGAGCGUCGCCCCGUUCUCGUUAUGCAGGCUUUUACUACCUGCAGGCGGUCGUGCAUGUAUUUCAAAGGGUGUCAAUGACAUGAAUGAAUGUGGACAAUGAAUUGCAGCAUCAAUGAAGAGGGCCUUGCAGCAAGUGUCUAGAGUGAAAUCUAGCAGUAGCAGACUGACCUCACCUAGAAGAAUAAGCUCGCUGUUCACAGGUAUUCACUACGCGGCAAUUACGCCCCUUGUCGGCUGAAAUAUCCAAACGCUAAUUCAACGGCCGAUCGGAGGGCUGAUCGGACGAUGCCAUCUUCAAAAUGAAUGGGUGGUUAAAUCGAUAUAACUGCGUUUAUUGGUGUGAUUGCAAACGCUAAGAAAUAUUACAACAGGAGUUUAAUUUGCCUGGUGUCACUCUUUGCGCUGGUGGUGGUGGUGGUGGUGGUGGUGGUGGUGGUGGUGGUGGUGAUGGUCGUGGUGGUCGCUCACUUGCUCGCAGGUGAGACUACGCCUAGCGUCCAUUUGCUGGCACCCAACUCUCACCUGUGGCUCCACGUAGCUGGGCUCUGCUCAGCGGCCACACCCCGGGCAACCGCCUUGACCAGCGGGCUAAAGCAGGUGAGGGCGCUGUGCGCUUGUGCCGCGUGCACAGUGUACUGCGGACUCCGCUGGACGUUUGGUCGAAUGAAACGUUGCGCCGUCGUCGCCGAGACGAGGCUCUGCCUGGUACGCCGUUGGACAGCUGCUGCCGGGAUGGGUUCCCGCAUCGCCUUAGCUGAGACGCGCCCACCUACGCCGGCAGAGACCGCGGACCUCGGCAUAUGCGGUCGUUCUCCACUACAAACAUAAAAUCGUGGCCCCAUAGUGGGAUUCGGUCGCGCCAAACAGGCACACAGGCAGCCCGAUUCGGGGGGCACUGCCUGUCCCCAUUACGGGGGAGAGCCUAGAAAAUGUGGCCUAAACAUUGCUGGGCACCACGCCGUCUCCAGGCUAGCCAGGGCCGCAGACGUCUAAUCAUGGUCGAAACACUCAAAAUCGAAACAACAACAACAACAACAACAACAACAACAACCAUACUCAUUCUCCUCAUCCUACCUCUUCUUCCUCUUCCUCUGCCUAUUCUUCUGCCUAUUCUUCUCCUUCGUCAUCUUCUUCUCCACUUCCUUCCCGUCGCCCCACUCGCUGUCACCAGACUGGCAGUGUGAGCCCGCUCACUCAGGCAGCCUGGAAUGUUCGUUCCCUUUUAGACAAUCCGAGGAGCAACCGACCGGAACGGAGGACGGCGCUAGUGGCACGAGAACUGGCGCGCUACAAGGUGGACAUCGCCGCACUCAGCGAGACCCGAUUCUCCGAACAAGGCCAACUGGAGGAGGUGGGUGCCGGUUACACCUUCUUCUGGAGUGGUCGACCCAGGGCAGUGCGACGUGACGCGGGUGUCGCCUUCGCCAUUCGGAACGACAUCGUGGGACGACUGUCCUGUUUGCCGCAGGGAAUCAACGACCGCCUGAUGAGUCUCCGCCUGCCUCUCCGGCGAGGAGGCCAGUUCGCCACCAUCAUCAGCGCCUACGCUCCGCCGAUGACCAACCCCGACGCCGUCAGAGACAAAUUCUAUGAGGACCUGCACGCCCUCUUGGCGACUGUGUCGAAGGCGGACAAGUUGAUUGUCCUUGGUGACUUCAACGCCCGCGUCGGCACAGACCAUACUGCCUGGAGGGGAGUGCUGGGUCCCCACAGUCUCCGCGGCUCCAACGACAACGGCCUGCUUCUCCUCCGCACCUGCGCAGAACACCGCCUCAUCCUGACGAACACCUUCUUCUGUCUGCCGGAGCGAGAGAAGGCCACCUGGAGGCAUCCUCGGUCGCGUCAGUGGCAACUGCUGGACUAUGUCCUCGUCCGGAGGCGAGAUCAGCGGGACGUGCUGGUGACGAAGGCGAUCGCGGGUGCUGACGGGUGGACCGACCAUCGUCUCGUCAACUCGAAGAUGCGUAUUCGCCUACAGCCUCGCAGGAGACCACAAGGUAAGCGACCCCCAGGUAAGCUGAAUGUCACUUUGUUGUCUUUGCCCGCUCAGCAUCUUCAUUUGAGCAAUGAGCUAGCUCAACGGCUAGACAACCUUCCAAUCGCCGCCGCCGCCAACGACGCGGCCGCUGUUGAGAACGCCUCCGUGGAGAACCGCUGGUGUCAACUGCGAGACACGGUCCAGACGACGUCGCUAGCCGUCCUCGGUCGCGCUCCCCGCCAACACCAGGACUGGUUCGACGACAACGACGCCGCCAUCAUAAAUCUGUUUGCUGCGAAGAACCGCUUACACAAAGCCUAA